AUGGACGCGAAAGAAUCAGGUCAAAUGGGACUGGCCACUGUGCUUUACUAUCUUACUACUACCGUACUCGCAACAUUGCUCGGUAUCUUCCUUGUGAUGACGAUACAUCCUGGCGAUCCAUCUAUAAAAGCCGGAACCCUUGAAGAAGUACCGGAACAUGUUUCCGGAGAACAUCAUCCAGGCGACGUUCGAGCGUGUGCAGACGACGUACGUGGCCCAAAGGCGCGUGUCACAAAAAACGCAUCUGAGGAAGUCAUCAUCAUGAAAAAAGCGAUCAGCACCACUCGCGGCAUGAAUAUUCUCGGUAUAAUCGUAUUCUGUACGGGUUUCGGUAUAGUGAUCUCACAACUCGGUGAACGGGCACGAAUUGUCGUCGAUUUUUUCGUGAUUCUGGAUGCCGUUAUUAUGCGAUGGGUUGAAACACUUAUGUGGUUUGCUCCACUCGGUAUUACAUGUUUGGUUUGUGGUAACCUACUGGAACUUGAUGAUUUGUCCGAUACCGCCAGCGUUCUAUUACUGUAA